CUACCCAGAUUAGAGCUUGCCACCAUUUUAUUGGAUAAGGACGCUGGAUCCUGGAUGCCAUUGCCACACCAGUAAGCAACCAGUCUACUCAACCACCAUCGUCUUCGUGUUUGCUUCUUUCUUUAUUCUUGGGUUGGUCAAGGCGUCGUCUCGUGAUUCGUUGACCAAAAAAGCAAACUUCUUUGUUCUGUUACGUGUGCUUUUCAAGAUAAAGCAAACUACUCAAACAAAGCGGCGACGAAUUUCCUCAUGAAAGUGACAGCAAGAGAAGAAGAGAAACUCUCACUCACUGUAAACCAGCAAAAAAAGAAAACAAUGACCACUGACAGCAAGCAAACCAAGAACCCAAGAAAAUGCAAGCAACCCAUUAACGAGGAAUCUCCACUGCUGCCAAAUCAGAGGGGCUGCGAUGAGCAGGCAGUGCAGGAAUUCAAUGGUGCAUCUUUUGCUGGUGCAGUGUUUAAUCUGUCAACGACCAUUAUUGGUGCUGGGAUUAUGGCGUUGCCUGCCACCAUGAAAGUGCUGGGUCUUGGCGUUGGGAUUGGUAUGAUCAUUUUUGUUGCGAUUUUGACAGAGGCCUCUCUGGAGAUGUUGUUGAGGUUCAGCAAAGUGGGAAAGGUUGUGUCUUUCGGAGGGGUUAUGGAGGAUGCCUUUGGGAAAGCUGGGAAGGUUGUGUUUCAAUUGUGUAUCUUGGUGAACAAUCUUGGAACGCUCAUUGUCUACACGAUCAUCAUUGGUGAUGUGCUGUCUGGAACUUCUUCAACUGGAGUUCACCAUGCUGGAGUAUUGGAAGGGUGGUUUGGUGAACACUGGUGGAACGGGCGUACCUUCGUGCUGCUUGUCACAACCAUUUUUGUAUUUGCUCCAUUGGCAUCCUUAAAGAGAAUAGAUUCAUUGAGAUAUACAUCUGCUUUAGCAGUUGCACUGGCAGUUGUUUUUCUAGUUAUUACUGCAGGAAUCGUAGUUAUUAAAUUCUUUCAUGGAGGUAUUUCCAUGCCCAGGUUCCUUCCUAAUGUGUCUGAUAUUGCAUCGGUGUGGAAUCUCUUCACAGUUGUUCCUGUUCUUGUGACAGCCUUCAUCUGCCACUUCAACGUGCAUACAAUCGACAAUGAGCUUGAGGACUCUUCCUUGAUUCAACCAAUUGUGCAGACAUCAUUGGCUUUGUGCUCUUCCGUCUACAUACUGACCAGCCUUUUCGGGUUCCUCCUAUUUGGGGACUCAACUCAUGAUGAUGUGCUAGCCAACUUUGACACCAACCUUGGCAUCCCUUAUAGUUAUUUGCUCAAUGAUAUUGUUCGCAUCAGCUAUGCCCUGCACCUCAUGCUUGUUUUUCCUGUUAUCUUCUAUCCACUGCGGCUCAACUUGGAUGACCUCGUCUUCCCCUCAUCUAGGCCUCUGGUUGCAGAUAAUUGUAGGUUUGCAUUAAGCACCAUUGGGCUCAUUUCUGUUGUCUUCGUGGGUGCAAAUUUUAUACCCAGCAUCUGGGAUGUAUUCCAGUUUUCUGGAGCUACUGCUACUGUUUGCAUUGGGUUCAUCUUUCCUGCUGCCAUUGCUCUAAGAGAUCGACAUCGAAUAGCAACAAGAAAGGACAAGAUUUUAUCUGUUUUCAUGAUUGGUCUUGCCGUGUUCUCAAAUGUGAUAGCAAUAUACAGUGAUGCCACUGCCCUGUUAAAACAUGUGGUGUCCCCUGGUGCAUGAUUUUAUAUUGUUUCACACAUUAGUUGAACAACCUGUACGUAUACUGCAUGCCAUAGCCAUUUGAAAUCCAGAAAAACAUUGAUGUUUUCUGGGGAGAUAUGUGUAUAAUAAGGUGAAAGAACUCUAGCCUAUGUACCAUUCGUCUCUGGACACGCAGCCACCGGCUCCAUGUGUAUUGGAAAUUUCUAACGCAACACCUCAAUUCUUAA